GGGUACAUCCCGCGAGAACUCGCGCGUCAACAACAUCAUGGAGGUCGUUUCAAAGUUCGUGAAAACUACACUUCCUAAUUAUUUGAAGUCCCUUCCGAUCCCAAAAUCGCUUGGUGGAUUUGCCGAUCUUUCUGGCUCCGACUGGGUGGCACUGCUCCCGUUUGUAGGGAUCGUGGCCUACAUCACCUACCUCUCCAUCACAGCGCUCCUCGGUCCUUCCCAGCCGACCAAGCAGCCGCAGAAGGACAAGAAUGAAGCGGUGAACUUGAAGAUACAGAAGGAGUGUCCGAAAGUGGUCAAUGUCGUUGACCUGGAGGAGCUUGGGGAUAAGACGUGCUACUGCCGCUGCUGGCGCUCAAAGAAGUUUCCGCUCUGUGAUGGAAGCCAUAAUGCACACAACGAGGAGACUGGAGACAACGUCGGUCCCGUCGUCAUGAAACGCAAUAAAUAGUGUCGAUUCGAGCCAACAGGUGGCACCACCUAACAGUAGCUACUAAGACGGUGCAGAGCAUGUAUAUCAUGCAUCAGAUGAUAUCUGUGCUCUGGACAGGGCUAGUUACUUAGGAAAUGCUCACUGCAAUAGUGGCCCAAAUGGCUAUUAAAUUCUUUUCUAAAGGCUGGCGAUAUUAUGAUCACAAACUCUGGCUUUUCUCUGAUAGCCCCGGGAUACGAUAGCUGGAGAAGUGAGAGCCAUUUGGGCGACCAUCCACUGACCCAUGGUUAGCGGGGAAUAAAUUUGAAAGCGGCCCGAUCAUGGUGUGAUGACUGACAUUUUAAAUUUCGAAUUUAUUAAUCUAGUUACAAUAUUUACGUCCUGAAAGUAUGAAGUAACCACUAAUUUAAUGAUACAGUAAACACCUGCAUAAAAGAACCCAUAGUUUUCUGUUUUAGGCUCUGAAAAG